GAGAAGGAGAAACGUGAGAAAUUCUGGGAACUUAGUCUGGGAGUGUGUUCCAGAGUCCUGACUGAAGAUGCUGGGCUGUGGCUGUGUUCUGCUCUCUUGUCUCCUCACUGUGACUCUGCUCCACUGUGGUGCAGACAGCCUGCACAUCACACAGGACCCCCCGGAGUAUCUGGACUCUGCGGUGCUGGAGGACCCCGGCUUGCCAGCCCGGUCCGGGGAGGAGAAGCCGGGCAGCGACCUAACAGCCAAACUGCUCCUGCUGGACCAGCUGGUCCACCUGGAGAACGAUGUCAUCGAGACGAAGAGGAAGAGGAGCUUCACUGGGGGAAGCGCUCCGCUGGACCGCCUAUCCAUCAGCAACGUGGACCUGGGUAAACAGGGCAAACAGAGAAAAGUGGAGACACCACGGAGGCGAGUGAGUGCUCCCAUUGACCGAAUUGGAGCAGGUCGACUCCCCAGCACACGGGGCUAGGUCAGCCUCCAUCUCUCUCUGCCUGCAGGUGUUCCUCCGGCAGAUGAAAAAUGAGGACCCCCAGCCCCCUCCCCUUCACAACGUUGCCAGGGAAACUGAGGGAAUAUCUAACACAGUGUGCAUAUCACUGUCACAUGCCACCCCUUUUACCUGUAUUUGAGCUCACCUGUACAACCCGUCUUGCACAACCAUCCUUAUAGACACCGUGUACCUGUACUCACUUGUACAACGUCACUGUCUUGCAUACUCAAAUGUAUACACCCACUGUCUACCUGUACUCAUCU